GAUAAGGAAACCAUAACAUUUUCAAUUUUUGCACGGAAUAAAGUAGUUCUAUAAAUUCUUAUCUUUUGAAAUCAUUUUGUUUUUGUUUUUACACUCUUGAGAAAAAUGGCAACAGAAAUUGUAUGUAAUGGUAGAAAUAGAUCAUUGCCAUCCUUGGAAGUAGUCAAACCAACUCCACGUUCAAUAAUGUCUACUUCAAGUAACAUUGAUUGGCUUUUGCAUAUUUACUAUGCUAGAAAAGAUUUCACAACUUGCAAGGCAAUGAUUGAAAGGGAAUUGCCGGAACAUCUAAAUCCUGAAUAUUUAUUUUUUGUCAAGGGCUUAAUUGCAAGAGACGAAGGCAAUCAUCUUGAUGCACUUCGAAAUCUACAAAAAGCAAUUGAUUUAAAUUCGAAAAAUAUUGAAUCGUACAAAGAAAUUGGCAAAACACUGUUUCAAAUGGGACGCUUUAACCAGGCACUAGGUGUAUUUCGUGAAGCCGAAACACUCUCCCCUCGACAGGAUCAUGAAAUAUUCCAUUACAUCGGAGAGCUUUUGUACCGCAAAGCAACAAACAACAAACAAUUGAAUACUAGUAGUUCUGAAGAUGAGAACGAAGCUAAAAUCUAUUUUCAAAGAGCUGUACAAAAUGGAAAAAAACUUGAAAGCUACCAAAGACUGGCAGAAAUCUAUAGAAAGGAAAAGGAUUAUUCAAAAGCUAUUGAAAUUUUAGAAAUGUCCUUAUUAAUUUCACCGGAAAAUACUGAAAUUUUAACCGAAAUUGGAGUUUUGUAUUUGAAAAUCAAUGAAACGGAAAAAGCAUAUGAGAAACUGUUGGAAGUUACAAAUAUCGAUUCGAAUUCUUCGAAAGGGCUAUUAGCUUUUGGAGCUAUACUGCAGUCUCGAAAUGAUGUCGAAGGUGCCUUGGGGAAAUACAAUCAAAUCACUGGCCCGGAACUAGAUAGCACUGAAAUAUGGAACAAUAUUGGAUUGUGUUUUUUUAAGAAGAAAAAAUUUAUAGUGGCAAUUUCAUGUCUACGCAAAUCUAUAUGGCUUUCACCAUUGAAUUAUAAUUCCUUGUAUAAUUUGAGCUUAAUUUAUAUAGCAGCUCAACAAUAUGCAAGUGCUUUUCAUACCCUUGCCGCAGCUAUCAACCUUCGCAAGGACAGCGCUGAAUGCUACAUGCUUUUAGGAAUUUGUUUGAGAAAACUGGAGGAUUACGAAAAUGCAUUUACAGCUUUUGAACGGUCAGUUAUGUUAUCAAAAGUUCCUUCAUCAUCAUCGACAUCCCGAAAUCCUUUGGUUUAUCUAAAUUUUGCGCUAUUUUGCUACCAAAUUGGAAAAAUCGAAUUGGCAACGGAGAAUUUUAAUUUGUUCUUGGAAAACUCACAGGAUAUGAUUUUGCCAACUGACUAUAAAUUCCAAGCGACAAAGCUAAAAUCCUUAUUGCAAAUUUCAUGGAAUGAAAAUGUCGAUGUCGAUAAGUCGAUGGCAAAGGCGAUUCACUUUGACGUUAACACCACAGUGAUGAAGAUGCCACCACAGGAUAAUGAUAGUAGCACUGCUGAAGAAAAUAUUGUUACAAAGGAUAACGAAGAGGAUAAGAUGCGAAUUUGAUUCAUGGAUUGGUUUGGAUAUAAAUAAAAAAAAAAUAUACAAAGAAAAUAUAAAAUUGUCAUUGUCCUUAAAGA